UCACGGCUCGGACUCUGAUUGGUCGGGGCGCGUCACGUGGCUCGGUUUCAGACUGGGAGCUGGUGGGUUGCGGGACUGCAGAGCCGGCUGGUCAGCGGACAUGAGUGAGUCUCUGGUUGUAUGCGAUGUGGACGAAGAACUCGUUGAGAAGUUAAAGAAAUUCCGUUUUCGUAAAGAAACCAACAAUGCCGCCAUAAUUAUGAAGAUCGAUAAAGACAGGCGUCUGGUGGUUCUGGAAGAGGAGCACGAGGGUAUUUCUCCAGAUGAACUUAAAGAUGAGUUGCCAGAAAGGCAGCCACGAUUUAUAGUAUACAGUUAUAAGUACCUACAUGAUGAUGGAAGAGUCUCCUAUCCGCUGUGUUUCAUUUUCUCCAGUCCCGUUGGAUGUAAACCUGAACAGCAGAUGAUGUACGCGGGAAGCAAAAACAAGCUGGUCCAGACAGCACAGCUCACAAAGGUCUUCGAGAUAAGAAACACUGAAGAUCUCACUGAAGAAUGGCUGACUGAGAAACUGGGUUUUUUCCAUUAACUUGUAUAUCUGAAUUUUAACUGUGUAAAAGAGCCAACGGGUCCCUUUGAGCUCAGUUCUCUUUAUAAACAAUGUGUUUCCCUAUUCGGUGAGUGUCUUCCCCCCUGCCUCUUUCUACCAAACAUUUAAAAUGGCACAAGCUGGUACAUCUCGUUUAACCCUUCACUUCCAGCUGGGUUUGCUGCACCCCUUGUCAAAAUCAAAACACAAUCUUCCUAAAGCAGACCUCACUGGAAUAAGAGUGGUUGUAGCAUUGCUGCAUUACCCAGAAUCUGUGCACUUUUUCUCAGAGAUAGUAAUAUUUCCUGUUACUGGGGCUCCGAGAGAAUGGUAUGCAACGCCCUAUUUUAUUUCCUCUUGUCUGGAAGUGUCUUUUUUGGUGAUAGUCAUGUUGUAAAUAACACUGGCAAUUGAUUCCAGGAUUUGAAUUGUGGAUUAGAAAUAACCCCAUUAUUUCCCAUCCCUUUUAUUUGGGUGUUAAUUCCCCAUUCCGCUUAUUAUGUGCUGGUUGAAUCUGCAUCAGUUUUUUUCCCAAGCAGACCGCUUUAGAUCUCGUUCGUGUUUCAUUGAAUAGUCAUUGUGGCUAGUUCAGGUUUGGCUGUAUCACUUGGUGACACAAAUGGCAGCUAAAACGGAUGUCCUCAGGGUGACACUAUGGACAAAACCUGUGGGAUAUUGCUCAUUUUAAAGGAAAAUAUCAGAGUUGGAGAAUCUUUGGAGUUUGUAUAUUCAGGUCUGAAAAGUGCCAUUCCUGUUUAAUUCUCUACAAUUCUCUGUUUAGUGAAUAAACCUCAAUGUAGGAAAGUGCUUGUAGCCCACUCCUCUCCAGUUACCCAUGCAGCUCACACCAUUGGAAGCCAGUGAUAGAACAACUGUUAGGUUGUAUCUCGCCAUUCCCACAAUCAGGGGAGAUUUAGUUCACAUAAAGUGGAGUGACCGUAGUUAGUCUUUCGUUCCCCAAACUCCAGUCCUCCAGAUGUUGCUGAACUACAACUCCCAUGAUUCUCAGCCUAUCUAUUUCAUUCGUAGAAUCAUGGGAGGUGUAGUACAGCAACAUCUGGAGGGUCAGAGUUUGGGGAAGCCUGGUCUAAACUGUUCAUCCAUGUCCCACAUACUAUAAUCCCAAAAUAUAUUGAGGUUUACAAGGUAGAUAAAUGCAUAUAAUUCCCAAGGAUAUUACCGUAAUGAUGUCUCUGCAAAAGAAAACACUUGUUGGCGUCGUGUCAAAUGCACUAACAAAUUGGAAUCACUCCUGAAAUAAGCUAUGUAGGGCCAGUUUGGAUUUGGCUUAUAAUCAAUACAUAGACGUCAAGAUUUGUUAGAUUUUUAUAUA